GGCAACCUUUCACUCCCUAAAAUUUCCCAUAAUAUCAAGCUAAUGUCCAAGGUUGGCACGAAUGGGCAGGACGGCCGGCAAGGAGGAGGAGGUUCCGGUGGCCAAGGCGGAUACGAUGGUGUCGACAUCAUUUGGUAUUGGAUUGGUGGCAGACUUAUCGGAGAAUGGCACUGCAAACGGGGGAAGGUUCGCGUCUAUCGUAGAUACAUUAAAGGCAUUACCGGAGGGUUAUGGGGGUGGUGGAUCGAAAUGUCCAAGAACGAACAGGAAGCCCGCGCCAGCAAACAACUAGACGGAAAUCGUGGUAAUGAUGGCGCCACUGCGCAGCAACGUUCGAACCAGCGGCGUACCGCCAGCGCGAAACAGGAAAUAAACAAAGCCCAGGUUUCCAUCUUAUCAUCCACGAUUCGAAGCAUGUACGGAACUUCGGCCGCCAUUCAGGAAGCCGUUACUUCCUCGGAAAAUGAAAAACGUUCCCUCGAACAAACUCAGAGAAAUUUAAAUCAGCAAAAGAAUACCGCCACAGCGUCCGCGAAACGUCUCGAGGAAGAAAUCAAGGCCGCCAAUGAAUCCAAAGACGCCGCCGAAAAUGCCAAAGCUCAGCUGGAAGAAAUGUUGCGGAUCAAUUUAGAAAAUCAGAAACAACUUGACGCUGCAAUGAAGCAAGUGGCGGCUGAAAAACAUGAGCUUGCUGAAAAUACGAGAAAAGAGGCCCUCAUCUCAGAAGGUGUGGGGCAACAAGUUUCCUCAAUUUUCGAACAACACUCCCGCGAACAGGUUCUACAAAUGAGACAAAAUUCCGAACAAGUUCAGCAAACGAGUCUAGUCAAGGAUUACGUUCCCCCAGAAUCUUCAGAAGACUUGGACACUAAAGAAAUCCACUUUCGGACGACGCAUCACCCUGAAAUCGAAUCGCUCUACGACGAAGUUCGCCUUGUCAAGAACGUUCAUAAACUUAGCGAUGAAUUUUUCGCUAUUGCAAUCGCAGCCAGGUCGAAGGAUCCUGGGCAAGGCGGGGCAUUUGAACUUGGUCUCCAGUCAAUUAAAUCAUUCACCAAGGAAAACAAGCUCCCGCUCUAUAUCCGACAAUAUCUCGAUUUUCAGAGCAUCAAACUGGCAAAAAAGGAUUCAACUACAACCUUACUAGUCGAAUAUUUGAGAGACCAGCUCCCACAAGAUGUCAAGGUCACGCUUCAAACUCAAGACUGGCUGAAAACCAAUAUCCAACUACGAACCAAGAUAUUCAAGAGUGUCAACUACGUGGGCGAUUCGGUCGGAGAAUUUCUUUUCCGUUUAAGAAAACAUGACGAAAAGAACGACAUUGUUGCCAUUGAAGCCGAAAUGCACGCCAUUAUGAAGACCUUACCACUUUCGAGUAAAGGGCGCAUCCUCCUCGACCAUAUUUGCACCAUUGUCUACCACCACUUGGAAAAUUGGUUUAUUUCCGAAGUCAAAAACUCACUCCCUGAAAAAGCCGAGCUGGACACAAGAUUCAAAACCUUUGCAAAUUUCGUGGACGAUUUUUACCGUGAGUUGAGAUCCGUUCACGCAAAAGUUGGCCUUCUCCGAACAUACGAAGUCUGCUUGGCGGAAAUAAUGAAGCCAGAAUUCAAUACAGUGUCAGGGUUUGAAAUAUUUUGGGAGCGCGCCGCUCUAAUUUUACUCGAUAUGGGGGGUAAUGAUAAAAAAGAUGGGUGUUUCUGCAUCUGGAAAAAUCUCAACCUUCUCACCGAAAUGUUACGAGGGGGGUCAAAAUCAAAGCCAAAAAUUGAAAAGUUGAAUAUCAUUCCAAAAUUAAUUUUUAUUACGGACUACGUGAAACUCACGUGUGCACAGGUUUCUUCCCUAGUCGAGAAAUGUGACUUGAUCCUCGCUGCCUCCCACGGCCCCGGAUUGCUACCAAUUUACGACAAAAUUUUGGAACUAAAGCAUAAAUUUUACUCCAGAUAUGUGGACACAAUCCAAAAACCAGCUCUAUCCAGGAUCACAGCUUUUACCGAUGGAAUUGGUGACAAAGGCCAACAACGCGAAAUUCACGCUCAAAUCGAAGACGUAAUUUCCAAUAUUAUCGAGGCCAACGCAUCCCCCUUGUCAUUACAACAUCGUCAACAUUUUUACGAACGAAUAGAAGAAAGCGUCCAAUCCGUCGGGGAUAAGAAGACGGGGGUAAAUAUUGUAAUUAAAGAUAUCCAUUCAUCCGUCAGGUCCUUCAAACCCGCAAGUAAUCUGGACAAACUUCAAGACAUUGCAUACAUAAUAACAAACGGAACCGAUUUCCGGACAGACUUUAACCAAGCGCUAUCCACUCUGACAAGUUAUCUGGGAACUCAAAGUGAGACUAAACUAAGCCCAGAAUUUAUAAUCGGGCUAAACUCGUGGCUAAAAGCUGUCACGAUGUCCCUCCUACUUCUGCAAGAUGGCGUUCAACUUGACGAAUUAAUCAUGGUGGGGAAAUCCAUUGGAGAUUUCAUCCGAAAAAAUUUAUACCUCUCGAGUUACGGAAAUUUCCUUAUUCGCGACACAAUUCGCGAUCUGCAGCUCGUCUUGAGCAAGAAAAUGACUUUAUCCACGUUCCUAAAACAAAAGGAAGUUUACGAAAAGGGAGACAAAUCUAUCGACGAGUGUGUCGAAUUGAAGGUACAAAUUGUAAAGUUUGUCGAAAAUUAUCUCACCGCCUCGGACGAGGUUGUCGGGCUUGAAGAAAUUACAGCCAGCGUGGAUAUGCAUCUCGAUAAGAUAUUCGUCGCCAUGCUUCGUGAAGGAAAAGGAGACGAAGUUGCAGCGCUGUACAGUAGUAUCUUGAACAAGCUUGAAGGAAGUAAAUCUACUGCGGGAGAGUUUCUAGGAAUUUUGGCAAACGUGAUCAAUGCAGCUACAACAAAUGCGGUAACUUUAAAAAUUUCCGCUCUAUCCACUUCAUCCUUUGUACAGGAAUACAAUCGUGACCCCUUUGAUAUUUCCAACUUUGAAAAGCUACUGAAUCAUUGUGUAACCAAUAUUUUGGCAACUCCAUCCGAUUUCACGCCAAUCAUAGAGUAUUUGCUUCAAGCUUUUGUCGCGAUGCAAGUUAUGAAUCCAAAAAAUUAUCAAAUUUCAGCCCAAUCCAAUACAGAGUUUGAAAAGUUGUGCGAAAUUCUGGCCAAGAUUUUGUCAAGUUUGACUGAUACGUUUGAAAAACAUCAGUCUAAUCUUUCUCUGGAUGUCAUGCACCAUUUAGACAACUUGCAGAAUCUCGUCGUAUCAGUAGCAGAGAGGGAUAAUUCGACACUUGCAGAGUUUUUGAGAGAGAAAUUAGAAGAUUUCCAGGGAAAACGGGAAACAAAUUUUAACAAAAAGCGCACCCAACUUUUGUCCAGGUUUGACGACCUGGUGCAAGUUUACUCAGACUCGGAACACGGAGUCUUAUCAUUUACCGGUGUCGCGGAAGUCUUCUUAACUGAAGGAAUGGUCAAAUUUGUAAAAAUUUGCGGCACACUGAAUAAUAUGACAGAAAAAGAAGGACAUGAAUUUGACCAACUCUAUUUUGAAAGUCUACUUAAAUAUUUCAAUCUUCAAGCCAUCCCUACAAUGCCGACAAAUCUGAGGGCUGACGUUUUCCACCUCGUAGCCACAAAGGGGGCUACUCAACUUGGAAAUGUGUUGAAUACUUUUCACAGUCUGAUAGAAGCACCUAGCCAAGAAACUGAUUGGAUAAUGACAUUUUUAAUAAUUUUGAACAAAUUGAUCGUCUCAAUUCCGACGGAGAAAGUAACAUGUGUUCAACUUGAAGGCACGCUUCACAUGCUAGACAAAUGCCACGGGGAGAUUGAAAGGUCUGAAUUAAAAAACAAAUGCAUCCCUCAGAUCAACGACAUACAGGCCUCCAUCACGUCGUUGUCACGUCGCAUUAUUGCAACGAAGGGGGGCGAUCCCUUGGCCGCUCUAAUUUCGCAAGAUGUCGACGUGUUGUCGUGCAUUAGUCCAAAUUUAGGUCAAUGCUUGAAAUUGCAGUGCAAAUUAUUCUCUCUUCUUGAAAACCACAGCUCUGCCAACAUAUUUAACUCGCAUCUUCGAACCAUUGUGGAUGCUGCAUUAAAAUCAACACUGGGCGUAAAUAUACCGCCAGUAGGAGGGAACGAAUGUCUCGUUGCACUAAGGGACUUAAAAAAUCCGCAUGUUUGGAAAAGUAUCCUGGCCGUGGCGUCUAUAUCAGUGAAGAUAAAUUUGAAUGAGUCCUCAUUUCUUGGUCGGGUAGCGACUAGCGGAUAUUCGGCAACUUGGGAACCCUCAAUCACCCAGAUUAACGAUUUGGUCGACUCAUGCAUUAAGACAUCCUCGACAAACGACCUUGCUCCAGAUGAUGGAAAUCGAUUUAUUUUUGCUUUCCUGGAUGAAGACGUGACCGGCAGCUGCAUCUUCUCUGACAUUCUCACCUCUCACGAAAAACAGUGGAUUGAACUCAUAUUCUCGUUCUCACAUUCAAAGCAACAUGGGCUCCUAAAUGCUGCAAUUUGUGACAUCUUCGUUAACACAGGAGCUCCUGGAUGGAAUAAUGAACUUGAAUCGCUCGCUUAUACUACACUUUUUGGAAAAUUUGUGGCCGAAUAUAAACCCCUCUUUAGUGAAACUCUUGGACAAAUCAAGCCCUCAGUAAGCGCCCAAAGUUUCAAAACCUUGCAGGAAGAGGUAACUAUUUUCUUGCAAAGUCACAAAGAAGUUUUACGAAAUCGAGAAGCACUCCAGCUCUCGUCGAGCAGCUUAAUCGCGCACCGUCAAGCACAGGACGCUCAGGGAAAUACGAGCCACGAAGUUCAAGAACAUAUAUCAACGAUAAAACAUUUUGUGGAACAGUUUAUCGUUCUAAAAUAUAAUUUCAACCGAUCCAUCUUUUUUGCUGGGGCUGAAGGACAUGGUUCCCUAUGGUUUGAAUGGAUGCGGCUUCUUCAUCAACGCUGUACCUUGAGGAAGCUUCCAUUGCCGGAGUUUAAUGCCCUCUUACAAAGAUCGGUCGAUCUACCUGUGCCAAAAUUGGUUUCGCUAAUUUCUCAAACUACAAUGGAACACUGGCUGGAGACGAUCUAUUUCCAUAUAGCCGUGCAGAAUUAUAUCACCUAUUUAAAUAACAAAGAGAAAGCAUCGGUAGGGAAGACAAUGGAUGUGGAAUCGAAUGUGACAGAGAUGACGACUCUUCUCAAAGCAUUAAAACCAACGCCCUUCUUAAAAAGAUUUCUUCUCAUGCUGGGGGACAAAAUCAUGAUGGAGAUCCAACUAGCAGAAAUAAGUGGAGCUACCCCUUUAGAAUUGGACAAAUUUGUCGCCGUCAUUUCAGACCUUACUCGUAUCGUCAUUUCCGAUAAGUUAAUUGAUAAUUUAGAGAAGCAUGGGAUUUCCCAGUGGGCCAUAUCAGUUCGAGAACACGUUCUUCUGCAAAUUUGGCCUCCACAGGUGGCCACAGUUAUUCUAAAAUUGGAAGGAACAAUUGGAAAAGAUAUCGUUUCCGAGUUUGUUGGCCUGUUCGAGAAGAAAUUCCCUGGGAAGCAUGAGGUAUUAGUAACCUUGUUGGAGAAAUUUGUUAGCCGCCGACUAAUUCUGGACGAGGAGAUGAUAAUAUCAUUUAAAAGAAAGACUAUUCCUUCCACAACUCUGCCAGAUUGGGAAAGUUGGCUUGCCGCGCAUGCAGUCGAGAUCAACAAAAGGUUUCGCGAUGUCCACGAACUGGCGAGACUGAUGAGGAACGACGAAAAGAAUCAAGACAUUAAACUAAUGCUAAACCCACAAGGGGACACUUGUAAAAUGGAAGUGAUCGUAGUUAAAGUAAACGCUCUUUUAGACCAAGUUUGCAAAAUCGCUCCACCUAUCCUUACACCGAUAGGGACUUGGCAAACGGAACAAAUCAUCAAUUGGGCAGUAACUAUUCGCUCCUUCUCUGAGCAAGAGAGAAGACAAAUCGUGGAAAAAAAUAAGACCGAGGUUCUCGCCGUACUUUGCCAAGCUUUAAGGGUGUUUACGAGUAAGACGAAUCCCACUACGGGGUCACUUGAGAAACCCGGAUUUCUGCCACGUGACACCCAACUUGCCUCUGUUAUCCUACUAAUCGACGCAUUCUAUGCAAGGAUGGGUCGUCUUGCGGAAAUAUCUACAGGUGAAGGGAAGACUUUCAUUACCGCUAUGAUGGCUACCUUUCACGCCUUGGCGGGUGACGACGUUGACGUUAUCACAAGCUCACCCAUUCUAGCUGUGGAAAAUGUGAGGGAAGUAACCGGCUACUUUAGCCUAUUUGGUAUCUCGGUUACCAACAAUUGUGAUAAAGAGUGCGAGCAGCAUGAAAGAGCUAGAAAGGAGAGGUACCAGUGCCAAGUCAUUUAUGGGGAUGUCGGCUCCUUCCAGCGGGAUAUCCUUCUCACAAAACUCUUUGAUAAAGGAAUAACAAUGAACAGAACGACGGAAACUGUCAUAGUUGACGAGGUUGACAGCAUGCUGUUGGACAAGGGUGAAAAUAUCCUCUAUUUAUCCCACUCAAUUCCAGAUUUGAAGCAUUUGUGGCCUUUGAUGAUUGAAAUUUGGCAAGCCACUCAUGGGCCUGAUGUUCUCCAAGGGCGUCGACAGGACAUCUCUCUCGUUGUCUGUUUUAUUAGGGAGCGAAUGCGUUCAGGCGACAUCUUCAUGCCUAAUCGAUUACGCAACUUUGUGGAGCGAAGGCUCCCCAUCUGGGUGAAAAAUGCUUUCAUCGCAGAACAUCUGCUAGAAAAUGAUCCCUACAUUGUCGCUGAUCUUGACAAGCGGGGAACAAAGGUCAUCAUCGUGGACAAGGACACUGGUGUUGAACAGGUCCAAAUGCACUGGAGCAAUGGCCUACAUCAGUUUCUGCAACUUAAACAUGGCGACCGAGUCACUCCAGAAAGUCUCAAAGCUGUAUUUAUGUCGAAUAUCGGAUACUUUCAACAAUUUCGGGGUAGACUGUAUGGAAUCACCGGUACCCUGGGAUCCUUCGCUGAACGACACUUACUAACUGAAUGUUACGGAGUGGAUUUUUUUAGUAUGCCACGAUUCAAGGCAAGUAAAGCGUAUGAAGAGGAUGGAUUGAUUGGAAGAACCAACAAAGAAUGGCUGGAUCUAAUUUCGCAGGAAGUUCAUCAAAAGACUAAAACUGAUUCCAGAGCUGUGCUUAUCAUUUGCGAAAAUGUCGCAUCAGUUGAUAAAAUUGCUGAAAAAUUGAAAGAGACUGUUUCUUCGGGGAAAAUGUAUUCGUACAAGAGCUCAUUUGAUGAAGAGUUUCACCGAAAAAAUAGGAGUUCCCCUCUCUCUGCGGGCGAUGUUAUUAUUGCGACCAAUUUGGCGGGACGAGGUACCGAUUUGAAGACUUCGCUCGAAUUGGAGCAGGCAGGAGGACUACAUGUCAUCCUCUCUUACAUGACUGGAAACAUCCGAAUUGAGGUCCAAGCAUUUGGUCGAACAGCCCGAGCGGGGCUUAGCGGCACGGUUCAGUUCAUCAUACGAGACCCAACAGCUGACACUAAAAAUCCCGUUACAAUCGACCAACUUCGACAACUCCGUGAUAUGAAGGAAGCAGAAAGACUGGAGAACUUUCGAACCAAAAGCAUGCAACGGAUCGAAAUUGAAGAGCACCUCUGUUCAAAAUUCAAUACAUUAUAUGCAAACGUUGCUACAUAUUUAAAAUCAUCUGGACUCCCGCAAGAAUACAAGGACUUGCAGUUGGAGUUUUUAAAGAACCAAUGGGCCCUAUGGUUAGAUUCGAUAUCUGAACAGAUCAAAAUUUUACACAUCACGGGGAGGAGUCGAAUCCUUGAGCAGUUUUCCGAUUUUGAAAGGACUGCUAUGACCAAUAUAUCCAGAUUUGGUUCAUUCGCCACAGGUGCGCUUGAGCACACCAAGCUAGGUCGAUACUACCAAUCAAAGGAAGAGUACGGUAGGGCAAUAUCCUGUUUUGACAUGGCUAUCAAUUCGGAACCUAACUACGCCGAGAUAUCGCACUAUUACAAGGCCGCCUGUAUACUGAAGGAGAACAUGAGCGGAAUGACACACAAGAGGAGGGCUAUUUACCACCUCAAAUCUUCAGAAAGCGUAAUUCGGAAAAGAAUCGCACAAGUCAUGACGGCUAGUCAAACUCUUGAUGUGACGUCUAGCAUACGCCGAGAAGCAGGAGUCGGCACAGGCAGCAAUCGAUUCGAAAAGCAAGUCAAGAGUGAGUCUGAACUUUAUCAAGUACAUGUUGGGAAAAUCCAAGAAGCAAUUGGAAGCACUGUGGAUGCUAAAUUUUUCGAAAAUAUAACUGGUGUUAAUUCUGAGCAAGAGGGUGAAGAAAUCUUCGCCUGCCUUAGAAGACACUAUAACAUUGUGAAAUCAUUCCGCCUAAGCAGAAAAAUUAGGAUUGGUGGAGACAACAAAAUAUACAUUCCAGAUGGAGCCACAGGACAGCCAAUUGAGGUGGAGUGGCCAAAUGCUUUCCGCUACUGUAGAGAUGAAAUUGUCAACUUUCUUCGUGAAAGAUUGGGUAUGAAUGGGAGCAGUCGCGUUAUCGAGCCAGAAGGGUUUUCGUACUUUAUCCAGACCCAGACCAGCUUUUGGACCAUGUUGGGAGGCUAUGGCUUCUUCGAGAACGAGGUGCAAGCCAGAAUUCAAAUGGUGAACGAGAAUCUAGAUGGGUUGGUCGUUCCUGAGCGACUAAUGGAUUACAAAAAUUCUCUUACGAAAAUAUUGGGUGGGAAAAGUAAUCAAGCUUUCAGUCCGGAUAUGUUAUCUCCAUUGGGUCUUAUGGCGAACGACUUGCAGGAAGUAAUCGACGCAUUAGUCAAGGUUGGAAUUCUCGUUUGGAAAACCACCUACUCAGCCAAGUUAAGUUCCGCUAUGAAAGACAAGCUCAAGUGGAACGCAACUAAGGGGAAAUUCGAAGGGAUUCCCGCAGCUCUUCAAAAAUACGAGGAUAUCAUUCAAGCCAUCAUUGAGGAUGCACCAUCUUCCGAGGAUGACUAUGUAAAUCCAGAUAAAUCAACACCUUCUUUGAAACUUGAAUUGUCCUUGACCGAUAUCCCGCUACCUGACACCGCUCAGUUUGGAAGUCGCCAACUCUGGGGUGCGCUGAACGAGUCGGGCGUAAUUAAGGAUUGUAAAGUCAACUUUCAAACCAGACUGGCCGACAACUCGGGCAGGAUAUCAGAUCGCUUAGAAGAAAUUCAAGAAGCAAUUGAAGAUCUUCCAGAGUUGAAACAGAUUUACAAGCGCUAUAACGGUUCGGGAGAUUCUCCGAGUAUCGAUGAUGUCAUGGAAGCCAUCAAAACUACAAUCGGAAACAUCAAGAUAUUUCCCGACAUUUCUGUCGAUUAUCAAAAAUUGGAGGAAUAUUUUAGAACUGGUGAAUAUCCACCAGAAAUUGAAGAAUUUCGGUACAUGGUUUUCCUCCAAGUGCUUGAAUGCACAGAGUACAAGUCAUGGUGGGAUUGGGGUGCAUUUAUCGUAGCAAUGUUGGGAGUAGCUCAAAUUAUUGCGGGAGUUCUACUCGAAGUUUUCACAGCCGGAAUAGGCACCUAUAUUGCUGGCGCAUUAAUCAGUGAGGGGGUUGGGGAUAUCGCAUUCGCCAUCGAGGCUGGCCUCAGUAAAAACUUUAGCUGGAAAAGCUACCGUGAUCAUAAAAUUAUCAGCGUCUGUAUAUCAAUCGUAACUUGCGGAGUGGGGGCAUGGUUGUCCAAAGGUGCGCAAGUGUCCAGAUUCGCCGGAAAAGCAGGAUUUCAACUAUUUAAAGCCGUAGCACUCCGAGUCAUUAAGAAAGCCGGGCAAGCCGUCCUCUUCAAACUGAUCGAUAUCGGCAUUGACAAGUUGCUCGAACACAUUCAAACCCAAGCAAUAAAAAAUUGCGGAUCACAACUGGAAUCAUUGUUCCUUUCUGACCCUGGAAUUAAGUCACAAUUAGCAGAACUCCAACACAAAAUGGACUUCGUCUAUCAACACAGUUACGAACCUGGUCAGGCUGAGAAAGUUAUCCGUGAUGGACUCACCCGCGUCCUUGCCGACAUGCAGGGGGAAGGAUUUGGCGUGAAAAUGGGGGAAAUUGCGUCUAAAGUAACCUCCGGAAUGGCCAGCGCUAUCGGAAAAGCGAGUGGAAAGCUACUCACGCAUGGAAAGAGGGUUGCCGAAAAUAUGGAAAGUGGCAACAGUUUUCUCUCCAAGGCAGCCAAACUUGCCCAAAUUGCUGAAGUGAUUGAUAAAGUGAUCAAGGGGGGAGAAAUUGCAAAACAGCUCUUGGAAUUGGUCAACCUUGCCCCGCAGGUGUUAACCAGGCUUUGCCGUCAUUUGGAAAUGCAGGGGAUUAACUUGAAAACUGUGGGAAAAGAUAAAAUCAAAAAUAGGAACGACUCGGGACAAUUUGUCCAAUUCAAGAGUGAGUUUACUAAAUCAACUAAAGAUGAGUUGGUCAAGAUGCUCCUUUCCAAGGUGAAUAGUGGCCUGGUCGCCCCCGCAUUCCAGGAUUUGACACAAAGCGCGCUGAAAAAAGCGGGCAAAGCGGUUGAGAAAAAUACGAAGGCUAUCCUCCACUCCCUUCGAACACCGAAGGAGGAAGAGAUUAAAAUUCUGAAGACGUUGCGAAGGCGAGAGGCGCUUAACGAACCGGAAAUUGCGGGGAAAAUUAAGGGCAAAAUUUAUUUAGAGGAACUAGAUCCUGCAACCCCGAUCAAAAAUGCGGACGGAAAAUCAAUCCAACAAUUACGUGAAUGCUAUGGAGACUCCAUUUCCGUUUACAAGGAUCAAAUGGGAAAAUUCCACGUGGAGCGGCCGUCCUUUGAAGAUUCUAUUAAGAAUUUUGGUCAAGGAAGGAAGGCGGGAUUUUACGAGUUAAUGAUAUGUGCAAAGUACUACGGACAAACGGUGGAGAUCUCCGAUUUAAGCGGGGAACUUGAAACUAGUGGGACGGACGGGAAGGUGAGAAUUCAUCCGGAUGGUACGCCCACCAAGGAUCGCCCCCCACUGAGGAUGGCUUAUCAAAAGGGAGAAAACGGUUUCGGCUACUUUUCCCCAAUCGUGAAUGAUGAAAUCGUUCCGUUAUCGAGAAGCAAUUCAGACACGAUCAACACCAACUUGUACCAAUCCCUGAACUUUCUAGCGGGUGAGAAGAACGUUAAAUUUCGGACGGAAGAGUGGGACAAAUUGAUGGUGGAAGCUUGCUCGAAGGAUAAAGUUAAGGGAUCCUUGGCGAAUAUUUCGAAAUAUGCGGGUGCCGACAAGACGGCAAAAUUCCUAUAUGAAACGGGCGCCUAUGAGGUUGGGAAUGAUAAAUUGUGGCAAAAAUCUAAAGCAGCAAAAUUGACUGGAAUUACGUCCCCGAGUCGAUUUGAUAGGAGGGCAAAAUUACCAGGGUUGGACAACAUGGACAAUAUGACGGUGCAGACUUGGAAAGGAAAUUCGCUCGACAUUGUUGUGGUCGGGGAUACUUUCGCAGUUUUGGAGAAACCGACAACAAUCGUGAAACAAGCGUCGUUCGAAAUGCCAAACCUCGACCCUGCGAUUGACGCUUACAUUAAGGAGAGAGACGCGAAAAUUGAGAAACGGUUAAAUCGUGCUGUUUCCCAAUAUCUGAAGGCGAAAUGGGAAACUCAGAGUGACAUGAAAUUUGGCGAGAGCAGAGUUCAAUCCAGUGGGAUGGAUCAUCCGGAAUUAGAAAAUCUGACUGGUUAUCCAAGCUCUUUAGUGAGAGCGAGAACUUUGAGGGAUUCUGCGCAGAAUAAUUUUGGAAGGAUAGCUAGUAGCCGAUUAAGUGAUGAUUUUAACCUUCCAGUCAUGGAGUUUAAGGUGCAUGGGAAGUCUACGGCUUGAUUUGAUGUAAAAUUCCAAAUGCAAACGAAAAUGCAAAUGCAUUUUAAAAUUUUGUAAAAUUGAAUAUCCAGAAAGAAAUACUGCAGAAAAAUGUAGACCAGUUGUAAGUGUAUUUAUGUAUGUUAUGUUUCAAUUUAAGGAGUUAUUAUGUAUUGGAAAUUUUCUGUAAAAAUGUGCGUGACUCGCAAAUAAAAGUAAACUCUUUGUCUGUUAAUGCCAA